AUGUCCAUCCCCUCUAAUCGGAGUCCCUCUCCAGAGCACUUCAAGAGGCUUGUGAAAGCCAUUCAAGGUCUGCGAGUUGAAUCCAACCACCUGAAAGACGACAAGGGCAACCAAGUGCGGUUGCUUCAGACCAUGUUUGGGCUUGCACGUCCUUAUGAUGGGCCCAAAGAUGUCGAACUCUAUCACAAGGAAGACGAACAGGCUUACACCGUCGCGACCUACUGGGCGAAAAAGAGCACUUCUCUCCGACAUCGGCUUUUGAAGUUUAUGACAUUUUAUAGGAUACGAGCCGCCCAUUCGAAACUUCGCAUACCCUGUGGUUAA